UCUCCUAUUUCUCUCUCUAGAGAAUUUACAAGAGGAAAAAAAAAAAAAAAAAGAAAGAAAGAAAGAAAACUCAACCCUCCCAAAAAUGGCGUUCCCUCAGCAGCAGUUUCAACAACACUACCAACCUCAACAACAACAACAACAAUCAAAAAGUUUCAGGAACAUGUACGCAAUCGACGCUCAGGUUUCGCCACCACUUGCUUAUUACAAUACGCCUAAUUUACAAGAUUCCUCUCAGCAUCCUCCAUAUAUCCCUCCUUUUCAUGUUGUGGGGUUUGCACCGGGUCCGGUUCCGGUGACAGAUGGGAGUGAUGGAGGAGCUGAGAUGCAAUGGAACAAUGGGGUUGAGCCUAAAAGGAAGAAGUUAAAGGAACAAGAUUUUUUGGAGAACAAUUCACAAAUAUCUUCUGUUGACUUUUUUCAAGCACAGUCAGUCUCGACAGGGUUAGGUUUGUCACUUGACAAUAACAAUAAUAAUCGAAUGGCUUCUUCGGGUGAUUCGGCUUUGUUGUCCCUCAUUGGUGACGACAUAGAUAAUGAGUUGCAACGACAAGAUGCAGAGAUUGAUAGGUUCCUCAAAGUUCAGGGUGACCGAUUACGGCAAUCUGUGUUGGAGAAGGUUCAGGCUAACCAGCUCCAGACAAUUUCGCUUGUGGAAGAGAAAGUUUUUCAGAAACUUCGUGAAAAAGAAGCAGAAGUGGAGAAUAUUAACAAAAAGAAUAUGGAACUUGAAGAGAAAAUGGAGCAACUGACAAUGGAAGCAGGUGCCUGGCAGCAACGAGCCAGAUACAAUGAGAACAUGAUUACUGCCCUCAAGUUUAAUCUUCAGCAAGUUUAUGCUCAAAGUAGAGAUAGUAAGGAAGGAUGUGGUGAUAGUGAGGUCGAUGAUACAGCUUCAUGCUGCAAUGGCCGAGCCAUUGAUUUCCAACUGCUCUGCAAGGAGAAUAGCAACAAGAAAGAGUUGAUGGCUUGUAAGGUUUGUGCAGUGAAUGAAGCCUGCAUGCUCUUGUUACCUUGUAAGCAUCUCUGCCUGUGUAAAAGUUGUGAAAGUAAGCUUAGUUUUUGCCCCCUGUGUCAGUCAUCUAAGUUUAUUGGUAUGGAGGUCUUUAUGUAAUGAUAUACGUAUAAACGCGUUAAUGUUAUACUAAAGUUAUAACCUGUAUUCUUGUGAUAUUGAUGAUUGCUAGUUUGUCA